AUGAAUGCAACGAAAGGAGACUCCAUAACUGCUACAAUAUACCAGGCUUGUAACGAUGAAUUUCGAAAAGGAGUUGUCAUAGAUCAAAGUAAACUUAAAAACUCAUCUCAUUCAGUCUCUAUCAAAGACAAUCAGCUUGAUUUAGUCAUAGACAAGGACGCAAGUGAUAUUGACGAAAUAUUCAAGAAUCAUGGAACAGCAAUACCGGCGGAUGAAAUUCUUCAAUCAUUAAACACAACACGGGUCAAGAUACCCAUAAAAUAUCGAGAAGAAUUCCCAUCAGACAUUAACCUUCCAGACCCAGAAUUGCUUAAUGUGCUACAUUAUUAUACUAGCAAGAAGAUAGCUAAAAGUGAUUCAUAUAAAAAAGUGGAAAGAAGUUUAGACGAAACAUCGUUGUUAGCAUUUGGCAUGAUGGUGGAAUCAUGGGCAGAUGAAUUAAUAGAUGAAUCUGCAGCACAAAUGUUCCUUGAACAGGAUGAUAUGGUAUAUGACGUGAUAGGAGAUGGCGAAGAUUCGUCGCUGGAAUCACUGGAAUCAGGUUCUAGUUCUAGUAGUACAGACUCAAGCAUAGAUACAGAUACAGAUCUGGAUUAG